CGGCAGAAUGUUCGGGGAUCAUGAUGAAACAGGACAAGAUCCGUACCCGUAAGCUAGGGCUUAGGGUACAUCACGUGCAAGUGCCAGGCAUCACGUGGGCCACUUGGUUGCUAAGCGAGAAAUGGUGAAAUUGAGUGUCAUCGCCUCUUCCGACCAACCGGACCUUUCAGCGAUCGUCAGCCAGCAACAACGAAAAAUCGCAACCAUGCAGAUUUUCGUCAAGACCCUCACGGGUAAGACCAUUACCCUCGACGUUGAGUCGAGCGACACCAUCGACAACGUCAAGGCCAAGAUCCAGGACAAGGAGGGUAUUCCCCCCGACCAGCAGCGUCUGAUCUUCGCCGGUAAGCAGCUUGAGGAUGGCCGCACCCUGAGCGACUACAACAUCCAGAAGGAGUCCACUCUCCACCUCGUUCUCCGUCUCCGUGGUGGUAUCAUCGAGCCUUCCCUUAAGGCCCUUGCCUCCAAGUACAACUGCGAUAAGAGCAUCUGCCGCAAGUGCUACGCCCGUCUUCCUCCCCGUGCCACCAACUGCCGUAAGAAGAAGUGCGGUCACACCAACCAGCUCCGCCCUAAGAAGAAGCUCAAAUAAACGAUUCCUAUCUAUCUUGUUACGGUUUUUCUACGUUGCUGUGGUGGAGACUUGCUGGGGGUUAUGAGUCGAUUGCAGCCUGGGAGGUUUUGUACGGCGUUAGAAUGAUGAAACAUUACAGCCAAAGUCAAAUGUU